AUGAUGCUCGUUUCCGUCCUCGGCACGGUCUUGGCCGCCUCGGCCGCCGUCGUCCCCGUCGCAGCCGUCCCGUGCAGCAAAUCCUCCGGCGCCCCCUCUCACGCGUCCUCGGCUGUUGCAUCCGAAUCCCAGCGUCAGUCGCCGCCUCCGCCCUCGGCCGUUGCAGUCGAGCGUCCUCAGGGGCCGGCCCCCAACAAGAACGUGCCCGCCGUCAGCACCCUGGUCCGACCUGCCGGCGCUGACGGGCAAUCUGUCCCGUCCCAGCGCCCCAAGUGCACCAAGAAGCCCGCCGGUGUCGAAACAACCCAGAAGUCACCCGCCGCCGGACCUCAGGACAACCCCAAGGAGCUCGGGCGACCCGAGGUCAAGGGGGGAGUCGACGGCAACGAAGCCGGCGCUUUGCCGUGUACCAAGUGCGCCAACAAGUCUGGCGGUGCCGGGGGCCGACCCGCUCCCGAGAAUGCCUUGGCUUCGGACCGCGCCGGAGAGGCCGGUGCCUCUAAGCCGUGCCCCAAGUGCGCCGCCAGGAUUGGUAGUGCCGGACCCGGACAGGAUGGCGCCACGGGCCCGGCCCCUCUCAGUCAGGGCGACUCUCCUGCUUCCAAGCCACCCUGCCCCAAGAAGACUACCAGUGGCACAACGGAGGCGCCCAAGCCUGUCCCCGAGCCUCCGGCGGUGCAGAAGCCGGGAGCCGGCCCCGGCCAGGGCGUUCCCAGCAAGAAGCCCUGCCCUAAAGGCGCCACCACGACUGCUGGUGCCGGACCCGGAUCUAAGGGUGACAUAGCCCCUAUCUCUGGCGGCGACAAGCCUGGUCCUAAGCAGGCUGGGCAGCCUGAUGUCGCUAAGCCGUGCACCAAGUGCGACAAGACUGCUGGUGCGGACCGGCCUGAGCCGCCCGUACGGGGCGGCUCCCCUGCUUCCAAGCCACCCUGCCCCAAGAAGACUGGCAGCGGCGCAACGGAGGCGCCCAAGCCUGUCCCCGAGCCUCCGGCGGUGCAGAAGCCGGGCGCCGGCCCCGGCCAGGGCGGUCCCAAAAAGAAGCCCUGCUCCACCGACAAGCCGCAGCAGCCAAAGCCGGUCGGUGGCGGCCUCCCCUCGCCCGCCAGUGACCAGGGGUCUCCCAUUUCCACCAGCCCUGUCGAAAAGAAUGACCCUCCCAAGAAGGCAGAUGACGUUGACACCGCCUCGGGGCCCGACCCUCUUAAGUAUCGCCUCGGUGACGACACUGAACCGUCGAGUAGCCCGAAGAAGACGGGCGGCGACGCUGCGCCCAGUCAGCCUGGCGCCCCUGCCCCGUCGGCUUCUUCCAACCCGACCGCCGGAACAAAGGGGACCUUGGGCAGCGAAGUACCCGACAAGCCGGGAUCGGUCAGCGUCACCCCCCAUGAGCAAUACUCGUCGUCAGAAGGCGUCCUGGGCUGCAUGAUCAACAUCAACCGCGUCGCCUACUGGCCCUUCACUCCUGGGUGUAAUGACAUCUGCAUCAAGGUCACGAGCAGCACGACGGGCAAGAGCCUUCAUCUUCUCAGGAUAGACAAGUCCGGAGGUGCCCGUGACAUUUCAUACCAGGCCUGGAACGAGCUCACCGGCAAGGCCGCGGGAGGAGGAGAGCCCAUGACCUGGGAGUGGGCCGACAUGACGGCGUGUGGUGACUUACUCCACAACGGAAAGAUGCCCUUUAUCUUCGAUGCCGGCAUCCAUCACCCAGAGCGGUGUCUCGCCAAGGAAAAGGAAGACAACAGCCCGAACUGGAUAAGCCAAAACUACGAGCUGUUCAACUAUAAGGAUGCCAGGUGCGAUAAUGGCCCUGGCAAGCCGUGCACGUAUAACUUCGAGACAAAGCAGUUGGAUUGCCCCAAGGAAGCAUCUGACGCUCCGGUCAAGGGGCCGGGAAUCAAGGACAUUCCGUACAAUAGCCUCAAGGGAAGCUUGUGA